UGCCCUGGCGGCGGCGGCGGCGGUUGGCCGGUGGGGGCUGGGAGAAGCGCGAUCCUGGCUGCCGGCGCAGCUGGAACCGGCAGUUCCCGGGGCCAAGCGGCGGCUCCAGAGCUGGGAGCUUGCCCCGGGCUGGGCGGAGCAGGCGAUUGCAGCUGGAGCCCCGGGAGCGCUGGCGACGGCGGCGUUUCAGUGGAGCAAGUGCCGGGGGCUGAGAUUCCACGGCGGCCACGGCGGCUGCGGCCGAGAUACAGAAUUAACACUUGGAGUCUGGAGAAGCAUUUUGUACAAAUUGAAAGACUGGGCUUUCUCUUUAGUUUUCCAGAUGUAUUGUCUUAUCUGCAUACUUGAAAGAUCCACAAUCACAUAAACUCUAGUUUUAACCAUGGAGUUGUGUGACCCAUCAAGAUAGAGAAAAACUGCAGCUGAGCUUGGGGACCAGGCAAUUUUUCACCAGUUCGACAAUUAAACUAAUAGAUUCUCUGCCGAUCUUCAAGAAUAAAGAACCAAAUAAAGUCAUGCACAUUCUAUUGACACAUGGACCCUGUGGCUGUUGAAUUUUACCAUAACUUGUUACUCUGUCAUUCAAAGUUAACUUAAUAUGCCCGUUACGUCCUAAUGGAUGUAAAGACCUGUUGAUGUAUCCCGAUUUUAGCAAAUGUUGAAGAUACAAACCCUAUUAUGACCAAUCCUUGGGAAGAGAAAGUCUGCAAAAUGGCUCAGACGAGUUUACUGCAGGGGAAGCAGUUUUACUGUAGGGAGUGGGUUUUCCACAAGCUUCAGCACUGCCUCCAGGAGAAGACAAACUGCUGCAACAGCGCCGUCACCACGCCGCCCCUCUCAGUGAACCCUGGGAGUAACGCCAGUGCUGCCUCUGGAAAAGGGGCUGCCUGGGGGGUGCUGUUGGUAGGGGGGCCCGGAAGUGGCAAGACAGCCCUGUGCACGGAGCUCUUGUGGCCAAGUUCGCCUACAGGCCUGCAGAGAGGUUUGCAUCGCCAGGCCUUGGCCUUCCAUUUCUGCAAAGCCCAGGACGCGGACACGCUGUGCGUCGGAGGCUUCAUCAGAGGCCUCGUGGCCCAGAUCUGCCACAGCGGGCUGCUCCAGGGCUACGAGGACAAGCUGAGGGACCCGGCGGUCCAGAGCCUCUUGCAGCCCGGGGAAUGCGAGAGGAACCCAGCGGAAGCGUUUAAAAGGUGCGUCCUGCUGCCGCUUCUGGGAAUGAAGCCGCCCCCGCAGAGCCUCUACCUGCUCGUGGAUUCUGUUGACGAAGGCUGUAACGUCACUGAAGGGGAACAGACGUCCUCCAGCUUAUCUGGGACUGUGGCGGAGCUCUUAGCUGGUCACCACGAGUUCUUCCCACCGUGGCUGUUGCUUCUCUGCUCUGCCCGAAAACAGAGCAAGGCUGUCACUAAGAUGUUUACCGGUUUUCGAAAAAUAAGUCUAGAUGACCUUCGGAAGGCAUACAUUGUUAAGGAUGUUCAACAGUACAUUCUUCAUCGCUUGGAUCAAGAAGAAGCUUUGCGACAACACCUCACAAAAGAAACCGCAGAGAUGUUAAAUCAACUGCACAUUAAAAGCAGUGGGUGCUUUCUCUAUCUAGAACGUGUUCUAGAUGGAGUUGUAGAAAAUUUUAUUAUGUUACGAGAGAUCCGUGACAUCCCAGGAACUCUGAAUGGUCUGUAUCUCUGGCUGUGUCAAAGGCUUUUUGUGAGAAAGCAGUUUGCAAAAGUUCAGCCUAUUUUGAAUGUGAUUCUUGCAGCCUGCCGACCUUUGACCAUAACGGAAUUAUAUCAUGCAGUGUGGACCAAAAAUAUGUCACUAACCCUGGAAGACUUUCAACGCAAGUUAGACGUCCUCUCCAAACUUCUCGUUGAUGGACUAGGAAAUACUAAAAUACUGUUUCACUAUAGUUUUGCAGAGUGGCUUCUAGAUGUGAAACACUGCACUCAGAAGUAUUUAUGUAACGCAGCAGAAGGACACAGAAUGUUGGCCAUGAGUUAUACCUGUCAAGCCAAGAAUUUAACACCAUUGGAAGCACAGGAAUUUGCAUUGCACUUAAUUAAUUCAAACUUACAGCUGGAGACAGCUGAGUUGGCUCUGUGGAUGAUAUGGAAUGGCACACCUGUCAGAGACUCCCUGUCGACAUUAAUACCCAAGGAACAAGAAGUGCUACAGCUGCUGGUGAAGGCCGGUGCUCACGUGAACAGUGAGGACGAUCGCGCCUCCUGCAUAGUCCGCCAGGCCUUAGAACGAGAGGAUUCCAUUCGGACCUUGUUAGAUAACGGAGCUUCGGUGAACCAGUGCGACUCCAAUGGGAGAACGUUACUAGCUAAUGCUGCGUACAGCGGCAACCUCGAUGUGGUGAAUUUACUUGUCUCUAGGGGGGCAGAUUUAGAGAUCGAAGAUGCCCACGGACACACGCCACUGACCCUCGCUGCCAGGCAAGGACACACCAAGGUGGUUAAUUGCCUGAUUGGGUGUGGAGCAAACAUCAACCACACUGAUCAGGAUGGCUGGACGGCACUGAGGUCUGCUGCCUGGGGCGGUCACACCGAGGUGGUGUCUGCGCUGCUUUACGCCGGCGUCAAAGUGGACUGUGCAGACGCUGACAGCCGGACAGCUUUGAGAGCAGCAGCGUGGGGUGGCCACGAGGACAUCGUGCUGAAUCUGCUGCAACAUGGUGCUGAAGUAAACAAAGCGGAUAACGAGGGCAGGACCGCUCUGAUCGCAGCAGCGUACAUGGGGCACAGAGAGAUCGUGGAGCACCUCCUGGACCACGGAGCAGAAGUGAACCACGAGGACGUGGACGGCAGGACCGCGCUCUCUGUAGCUGCGCUUUGUGUGCCUGCCAGUAAAGGGCACGCGUCGGUCGUCAGCCUUCUGAUCGACCGAGGUGCUGAGGUGGACCACUGCGAUAAAGACGGCAUGACUCCUCUGCUGGUGGCCGCCUAUGAAGGGCAUGUCGACGUGGUUGACUUGCUCCUGGAGGGGGGAGCAGAUGUGGACCACACAGACAACAAUGGUCGCACACCCCUCUUGGCGGCCGCUUCUAUGGGCCAUGCCUCCGUUGUGAACACACUUUUGUUUUGGGGUGCGGCCGUGGACAGCAUUGAUAGCGAAGGCAGGACAGUCCUCAGCAUAGCCUCAGCCCAAGGGAAUGUUGAGGUGGUACGUACUCUGCUGGAUAGAGGGUUAGAUGAGAACCACAGAGAUGAUGCUGGGUGGACACCUUUGCACAUGGCAGCUUUUGAAGGUCACAGAUUAAUAUGUGAAGCGCUUAUUGAACAAGGUGCUAGAACAAAUGAGAUUGAUAAUGAUGGACGAAUACCUUUCAUAUUAGCUUCACAAGAGGGUCAUUAUGAUUGUGUUCAGAUCCUGUUAGAAAAUAAGUCCAGUAUCGAUCAAAGAGGUUAUGACGGCAGGAAUGCACUGCGAGUUGCUGCCUUAGAAGGACACAGGGACAUUGUUGAGUUGCUUUUUAGCCAUGGAGCCGACGUUAACUACAAAGAUGCUGAUGGCAGGCCUACCCUUUAUAUUUUGGCCUUAGAAAACCAACUAACAAUGGCUGAGUAUUUUUUAGAAAAUGGUGCAAAUGUAGAAACAAGUGAUGCUGAAGGAAGGACGGCACUUCACGUUUCCUGCUGGCAAGGCCACCUGGAAAUGGUGCAGCUGCUGAUAACCUACCACGCUGACGUCAACGCUGCGGACAAUGAAAAGCGAUCUGCGCUGCAGUCCGCGGCCUGGCAGGGCCACGUGAAGGUGGUGCAGCUGCUGAUUGAGCAUGGUGCCGUGGUCGACCACACCUGCAAUCAGGGUGCGACCGCACUCUGCAUCGCGGCCCAGGAAGGGCACAUCGACGUCGUGCAGGUUCUCCUAGAGCACGGUGCUGACCCCAACCAUGCAGAUCAGUUCGGACGCACUGCUAUGCGUGUUGCGGCCAAAAACGGACACUCUCAGAUAAUUAAAUUAUUAGAAAAGUAUGGUGCAUCUAGUUUGAAUGGCUGUUCCCCAUCUCCUGUUCACACGAUGGAGCAAAAGCCUCUGCAAUCAGUGUCUUCAAAAAUGCAGUCAUUAACAAUUAAAUCAAACAGCUCCGGCAGUACCGGUGGAGGGGACAUGCAGCCUCCACUGCGUGGCUUACCAAAUGGGCCAGCGCAUGCGUUCAGUUCUCCUUCAGAAUCUCCAGAUUCCACGGUUGAUCGGCAGAAGUCGUCAUUGUCAAAUAAUUCCUUAAAGAGCUCAAAAAAUUCCUCUUUGAGAACAACUUCGUCUACAGCAACAGCUCAGACUGUGCCAAUUGACAGCUUCCACAAUUUGUCAUUUACUGAACAGAUUCAGCAGCACUCACUGCCCCGCAGUAGAAGUCGACAGUCAAUUGUGUCCCCGUCUUCCACGACACAGUCCCUGGGACAAAGCCACCAUUCGCCGAGUAGUGAAUUUGAGUGGAGUCAAGUAAAGCCCAGUUUGAAAUCAACUAAAACAAAUAAAGGGGGGAAAUCAGAAAAUUCCAGCAAAUCUGGGUCAGCUGGGAAAAAAGCUAAACAAAAUAAUUCUUCACAGCCAAAGGUUUUGGAAUAUGAAAUGACUCAGUUUGAUGCAAGAGGGCCUGCAGCCAAAUCCGGGCCCAGUGCACCCCCUAAGCAAACGCCCGCGGAACCUCAGUGCAAAAUUAUGAUACCAUCAGCUCAGCAGGAGAUUGGCCGAUCUCAGCAGCAAUUUCUCAUUCACCAACAGAGUGGGGAACAGAAGAAGAGAAAUGGAAUAAUGACCAAUCCAAAUUACCAUCUCCAGAGCAACCAGGUGUUUCUUGGGAGGGUUUCAGUCCCACGAACAAUACAAGACAGAGGGCAUCAGGAAGUGUUGGAAGGGUACCCUUCCUCAGAGACGGAAUUAAGCCUUAAACAAGCCCUGAAGCUUCAGAUCGAUGGUUCGGACCCUGGCUUCAACUACAAGAAGGAAACGCCGUUAUAACAGCUCCCUAUUCUGUGAAACAGAAGACAUUGUGAUCGGAGUGGUUCUUCAGCUCCUGGGUGAAAACAUGAACGGCCUGCUGACCGCUGGAGGGAUCGACAGUGAAGAGCGCGGUGUCCGCAGGCCGCGCAGGCGCCUCGAUGACUGUCACGUGCCUGACUAGUAAGGCCGCCUUCUCAGUGUGACCCUCUCGUGCUUCACCAGUUUCAUUUCGUGUGCUUUGUAUUCAUUACACAAGAAUGAGCACUUUCUUUUAAAUGCAGAUAUAUACUGCAGUUCCCUGAUAAAAGCUAAAAAAAACUUUUAAGUAUUUUAAGUUAAAAUUUGAUAAAUGUGCAUGUGCCAUGAUCAAAUAUAUAUGAAAAGGCAGUGUUCCUUGUAUUUAUUGUUUCUUUUUUGUGGCAAAUGAAACGUAAGCCUGCUGUUUUGGUCACCUCUGCAUUGCUGUAGUGUAUGGCUUGUUCUUGUAUCUUUAAAAAUGUCACUCAAUAAAAUAAAUCAUGCAACUAUUUAUACUUGCUACACCUUCAGCAUUGGUUAAAAUGAGUUUCUAUUUAAUGCCACAUUGAGGUGAAGAAAAUGGUUUCUUCAUAGAUUUAAAAAUCAUUUCUAGUCUUCUAGGGAGCUGCUCUAAGUAGUUCAAAUUUGGAUUUCCCAGUAGAAUCCUCCUAAUCUCUGACUGACUGUGUCAAAAAGGGGGGAAAAAAAAAGAAGACAACGACCAGGCAGAACAAAGUUCUGUCUCAUUCCCAGGGUGCAAGUUCGCGUCCCACUCGCCUGUCAUUUGUCAUUGCACCCGCAGCAGACAGACGGUGGCUCCCGAGGCCGAGGACUCCCCGAGCAGAGCCAGGCCUCAGGCGCGUGUGUGCAGGCGGGGCCCACCUGUCUCUCUCUCUCUCUCGAGGGUAGAUUUUUGAUCCCCAAAUAAUUGACUACCCUAAUCUCUUCCGUCAAGUCGGACACACUAUAACUUACCCGUGUGGGUUUUAAUGCUGGCUUCGCCCUCAGUUGCCUAUUUUGUAAAUUGCUGCAUGAGGAAAAUAAGUCCCCACUCAAAAUCAAUUGGAUCAAUUUCAGUGGUUAGUUGGAUGAACGUUCUUGAUGAGAGUAAUAUGCACUGUCCUUCACAGAUGACACCACUAACCAAUCAGUCAUAGCACAUGUGUGUUUUUUUGGUAUUUGAUAAACCCUAAGCUUUGUCCACAUACUCUUUCCUGUUUUCUUCUUUCGACGACUGCCAGGGUGGAGGGGGGAGGUCCGUGACCGAGGAAAACCAAGCAGACUGGCUCCGAGGGGCACGUGACCCACGGCCUGGGCUUCCUAAAUUAGACCCUAACCCACUGGAACCAGCGUAGGUGGGUGUGUACAUGUCUGGAAAGGUUAGAUGCAUUUAGAAGCCAAGGGCCUGACCUUUUCAUGUGCCCUGAAAAUCUUAAAAAAUCCAGAAAUCCUAUUCUUUCCAUGUACUGUUGAUAAGAAGGAGGAAUGAGGAAAGAGAAUUUGGAGAUUCAGCACAAAACCACUGCUACUAGGGGAAAAGAAUAUUUAGAAAAUGUCUUAGUUAACAGAGGUCAGUAAUGUCAUCUUAAAUGAAGGAUACACGUGUGAUGUGUUGUUCACAGAAAUAGAAACGUGUACUUGGUUGUGAUAACUGUUUCUUGGAUCUUCGUGUAAGGCUUUUAGUUUUGCUUUUGUUGUUUAAAGUCAGCAAAAAAAAAGUCAUUUUGUUUAUGCCAUCGAGUCAUAGUCAGGAGUAGGAGAUAAUGUUAUUAAGUUCGGUCACUGUUAAGGUGACAUGGCAAUAUGGAGAACUCGAAUGUGAAUGUUUCAAGUAUUGAAUUUUUGUCCCUAUGGGACAUUUAUUAAUACACUUAAUAGGACUCUUGCAAAGUAGCCUUAAAAGUGUUAAUGAUUCUUUUAAUAAAUAUGAACACAUACUGUUAUGAGAACCAAUCUUAACUCAUAUCUCAAAUACAGUACAUUUACAUUACUGUAGAAGAUGAAGCUCUAAUUUCUUACUAGGUGUAUUUUUUUUAGAGAACCCUGAAAGCUGCCAGUUUUUCUAUUAACCUUGAAUUAUUGGAAUUGUAUUUAUUUAAUUUUAUUGUUUUUUUACAAAAAAUGCACCUUGUGGCCAAAGGGCAAAGAUAUGACUCAUUACAGAAGGGAUUUAUGUUUUUCAAAAAGCUAAAUGUUUUCAUAUCCAUAUUAUAAAGACUUGAAACAGUUGGUAGGAAGAGAACCUGCUGGAAAAAUAAGAUUUUCAAAAGUAAGUAUUCCUCUGAAUGUUUUUAUAUUAUGUUUUGGAAUAGAACAAAAAAUGGCUUUUAGUUAGGCUAAGGAUGAUAGGGUGCCAAGAUGCCCUACUGCUGAUUUCUUUCUGUGGGGGAUUUAAUACCAUGAUUGAAAAUAGCUUUUAAUCCAUUAAGGAGAGUAAAGAUAGUCCCCGAAAUAUAACUCCUAAAAAGCUAUUUUAAAAAUUUUAAAAAUUAAAAUGGUUAGAUUUUGUAAAUCAUUUCAUGCCACUAUACACCUAUGAUGCCAUGUGCUUAUAAUGUUUUUGUAAAAUUCCACCUCUGUCCAUCCCUCAAAGUCACGAGCUGACAAACAGGGAGGCAAUAUAGACCACAGCGACGAAGAACACAGACCCGAGCGCAUGCAGGCCGGUCUGACCUGAGCUCCGUGAGCGCCGCAUAGCACAGCGGUGUCUGCUGGCCCUCACCCCACUCCCGCCCCGCCCCUCUGGAAUCUUCACCAAAAAUAUUCCUACUUAAAAAGCAGGAGUACAUACUUUUCUCAAUAUUGUCUGGCUAUGCAAAUGUUUGUUUUGCUUCAUGUCCUCCAUUUACAUGUCUCAGCAAGUGUAGAUGCCAACAAAUGCUUUCUUUUUACUUUUCCGUUGGUUUGGGGUAUGUAAAUAGCCUAAAAUGUACAUUGA